ACAGGAUACACAGGGAUAACAGGUAGCUUGCGAUAGGCGUAGUUGGGUCGCGAACGUGUCGUAGUGAAUGACGAAACGCAACUCAACUGAUGUCAUCCGGGAGUUGUCAUUCUCCUAAUCAGUGAGAGGUUAGGUUAUGCUACCGUCGUCAGAAGCGAGAGGAAACGUAGGCUGGUGAGCGAGCGCGACUGGAAACGCAUCGAGGAUGUUUUCGAGCGGGCCGAACUAUACCAAGUUGAAGACGCAUUUGCGUCUGGCGAUCAACCGAUUGAAAUUGCUGGAGAAGAAGAAAACGGAGCUGGCGCAAAAGGCGCGCCGCGAGAUCGCCGAUUUCAUUGCCGCAGGCAAAACGGAGCGCGCUAAGAUCCGAGUGGAGUACAUCAUCCGCGAGGACUACAUGGUGGAGGCGAUGGAAUUGCUGGAGAUGUACUGCGACCUGCUGCUGGCACGUUUUGGUCUCAUCCAGCAAAUGAAAAGCCUCGACGAAGGUCUGGCGGAAGCUAUAUCGACGAUUCUCUGGGCGGCACCUCGCAUCCAGACGGACGUGCUGGAAAUCAAGGUGAUAGCGGACAUCUUGACGUCCAAAUAUGGUAAACAGUAUACGGAAGCUUGCCGGGAGGAGGCGAUUCAGACUAUAUCAGAGAAGCUGAAGCAUAAAAUGAGCGUGCAGUCGCCGUCGAAAUUGCUCGUGGAGAAAUAUCUAAUUGAAAUCGCCAAGAAUUACAACGUGGAAUAUGAGCCGGAUCCGCAAGUAAUGGCAGAAGGCCAGGACGCGAUGUUGAUAGACAUAGGAGCCAACGGGGGAGAAUCGAGGAACAAUCUGGACACGGCCAGCGGAGGAACACCUCAUCCUCUUGGCUUCAUAGGUUACCCACAGGCACCCUUGUUACCUGAUCCUGGAUUCCACUCCAGCAUGGAUUCGGAGAAAGAUACGUCUUCCUUAGGAUUUGUAUCCCCAACAUCUCCACCUUCUACUGAGAAAGAUCAGAAUACCCCUUUCAAUCCGACUGCAUUUUCAUAUAACAUACCCCUAGAUAAUGCCAAUUCGAACAAACCUGAAGAUUUACCACCACCGUACCGGCCUGACUUUCCGCCUGAUUUAAAUAAACAGUCAGAUGAGAAACCAAAACCCCAGCCAAGGUCUAAAAUGCCGAUGAACAAUUAUCAACUUCCGGAUCUGCCAGCAGUGCCGACAGAGAACAAUGACUCGCCCGCGAAUCCACCCGUGAAUGAUGACAUUGAUUUUGACGACUUGAUGAAACGAUUCGAGGACCUGAAGAAGAGGAAGUAACGAUCGGUGGAUAUAUAAAUAUUUGAAACGCAUCGUUUUCAUUUAUCACUUUAUGCGAAACGUAUUUAGUAGUGCCUUUUGCAAUAAGAAAGGGUUUGGGAAGGGCAGUCUUAUACUAUAUGCUUAUGCAGUGAGGAAAUUAAAAGUGUAUAGUUAUGCUCCAUCCAAGAAUGAAGUAUGUAUAAAUUGUUAUAAUAUUAAUGUACAACAUGUUAAUGUAAUAUCUUUUUAUAGUUAUUAUAUGUGCUUCACAAUGUUCAA